AUGGUAAAGCGUCUGCCCGCAAUGCGGGAGACCCGGGUUCGAUCCCUGGGUUGGGAAGAUCCCCUGGAGAAGGGAAUGGCAACCCACUCCAGUACUCUUGCCUGGAAAAUUCCAUGGACGGAGGAGCCUGGUAGGCUACAGUCCAUGGGGUCGCAGAGUCGGUCACGACUGGGCGACUUCACUCACUCACUCAAGAAUACAGUUACUCCAAGACUCCGUGAGUCCAGUUGUUCCACGGAGGUUUCCCUACUGGCUGGGUGUCUCCUUGAACCCCCCAGCUUGCAGAGACCAGUGGGCUUGGGGCGGAAGCUUUUACUGUUUUGUAGCUUUGACGAAGAAAGCCUCUUAGGGAGGCUUACCAUUAGCAUUGGGUACAUUAGCAUUUGGGUUUGUCCACUACAUGGGACAGAGAGACAGUCUGAGGUACAAACCUGCCCUGAGUCAUGGACAGUAUUUAACAAGCCAGCUAGCUGA